AUGGGUGCUCCACCAAAGAAUGCGGACAUCCCCACGUUGGACUUCGAGAUGGUCGGAAAGCUCAAUGAGUAUGAUGGAUUCAUGUUUGGCAUUCCAACCCGCUUUGGCGUCAUGUCUGCUCAGAUGAAGGCUUUCUUCGACAUGACUGGCGCACACUGGAUGAAGCAGUCCAUGUCGGGAAAGCCGGCAGCCACCUUCGUAUCCACGGGAACACAGAAUGGUGGACAAGAGGUCACGCACAUGCAGACCAUCUCCUGCCUGGUCCAUCACGGCAUGCCCUUCGUGCCCUUUGGAUAUCAAGGAGGAGGACCCAUGUUCUCCGUAGACGAGAUCCAUGGCUGCAGCCCUUGGGGUGCCAGCACCCUGGCUGGUGGAGAUGGCAGCCGAAAGCCCUCGGACAUGGAGCUACAGAUGGCCAACCUGCAAGGAGAGAAGUUCGCAGAGGCGGUGAAGAGGACCAAGUCCGAGCCGGUGACGCGGAAAUGCAAGGUUGGUAUCAUCUACUAUUCCACCUAUGGUCACAUCAAGACCAUGGCGGAUGAGAUCCUUGGACCGAACGCCGGGCUACGCGCUUGGCGGAUGGGAUCCACCGAGGGGAUUGCCAAGGGCAUGGAGGCUGAGGGUGUUGAGGUGCUGAAAUACCAAGUGAAGGAGACCUUGGCCGAAGGCGUGUUGACGGCGAUGGGUGCUCCUCCGAAGUCCGACGACAAGGUCCUCGAGCAUGCGAACAUCGAGGAGCUUGUGGAACUCGAUGGCAUCAUGAUGGGGCUUCCGACACGCUUUGGGCAGCCUGCGGCACAGAUCAAGAACUUCUGGGAUUCCACUGGUGGACUCUGGCAAGGUGGCAAGCUGGUUGGGAAGUUGGCCAGCUCCUUUGUGAGCACUGGUACCCCGCAGGGCGGCCAGGAGACGACCCAUCUCACACACCUCACGAACUUUGUCCAUCACGGUAUGAUCUACGUGCCUUUCGGAUAUGGUGAUCCCAGCCUUUUGAGCAUGGAGGAGCUACACGGUGGAAGCCCUUGGGGUGCUAGCACCUAUGCCGGAGCCACAGGUGCCCGACAGCCUUCAGAGACGGAGCUCAAGAUUGCAGCCGCACAUGGCAAGGCCUUUGCAGCCAAAGUGAAGCAGAUGGCCGUUUAG